GACCGGCGCAAGCAGGUUAUGCAGGAGGAGAAGCGGCGCGGGAAGCGACUGUUUGGCGGCCUUAUGAGUACCCUGAGCCAGACUUCUAACACGUCUCAGCAGCAGAAGCGCCGACAGGAGAUUGAGCGUCGGCAGCAGGACCGCAUGCAGAAGCAAAUGGCUGAAGACGACCAGCGGAGAAGCGAGAGGCUGGAGAAGCUGCGCGCCGUGCGCAUGGCGGAUCAGAUUGUGUUUGAAGAACAAGUGAUGAAGAAGAAGCACGAAAAACGACUGGCCAUGGCGAGGUUCUUGCGGACCAGAGCAGAGCCUGCAAUCUUCUAUCUUCCAUGGAGAACAACAGCCGCCCAAAAGGACACCAUCGAAGACCAGAUGCAACAGGCGAAAAUCGCCAACGACAAGGAGGCAGAGCAGUUCAAGGCCCGAAGGCAGCGGCAUAUUGAG